AGAAUGCCUGCAGGACGAAGUGGUGUGCCAUUAUCUUAACUUUGUAAGACAGUUCGGGGUGCCAAGUGCCAAGUACAGCACGUCUGGGCUAAUUACACUUAGGAUGGGGUAUUUUGGGCAUGAGAUAUCUGUAUUUGGGCUGGAGGAGUUGGAAGAACUUGGUCCAAGACCAAAGCAGCAUACUCGACAUACUAGAUGUACGUGUUGUUGGCACUGUUGGAAGAUUAGGGCUUCGGACACGGACUACGGGCACGGAAUCCCCAGAAACUGAAACAGGCAUACAAAGAAAACAAAAAUAGAAAUCGGAAACAGGCAGCCUUGUAUGAAUCCUUGGCCGGAUCUGUGGGAGGACUACUUGAUGUACAGGAGAGCUAUUUAAUCGACGUGGUUGCUGCGUUGCUGUUGCUGCCGUUGUUGUAGCUGCUGCAGUUCUUCCCUUCGACCCUAGAGAGCACUACAGUACUACGGGUAUCACAACGAGAUAUAUUCCGUCUGAAUUCUUCUUCUGCGUCAAGACCAGAAUGCCAGACUCAACCUGCACCCUCCAAACAUGCCCCCUCAGCGCGGCCAUGAUCACCUACAUCCCCACGCUCCCCGGAAACGCGCUGUACCUCGCCCUCUUCGCCCUCAUGCUCGUCGCCCAAGUCGUCCUGGGCAUCUACUACCAUUUCUGGUCCUACCUGAUAGCAAUGUCCUGCGGGCUUGUCCUCGAAGUACUCGGAUACGUGGGCAGAUUGCAAUUGCACAAUAAUCCGUUUGAUUUUGACGCGUUUCUUCUCUACCUAAUCCCCUUAACCAUCGGCCCCGCCUUCUUCAGCGCCGCAAUCUAUAUCUGCUUCGGCCGCAUCGUCCUCAUCUACGACGCGCGCCUAUCAAGACUCAAACCGCGUGCGUACACGGGCAUCUUCGUCGCCUGCGACGUUGUCUGUCUUAUUCUCCAGGCGGCCGGGGGAGCAAUCACCUCCGUUGCGGACGAUGACCAGCGCAGCCUUCGUGAUACGGGGGUCAAUAUUAUGAUUGCCGGGUUGGCGGUGCAGGUUGCGUCGUUGGCGGCGUUUAUGGUUCUGUGUGCGGAUUAUAUGUGGAGGUUGAGGAGGGCAUCUCGGGGUGGUGAUAGGAUGACGCUGGGGAGAGAUAGGGUUAGGGAUACCUUGACCUGGAAGUGCUUUCUUUGGGGUCUCGCCAUCGCAACAAUCGGCAUCUUCAUCAGAUCGAUAUUCCGUGUCGCGGAAUUACAGGGCGGGUUCGAUAGUAAACUUGCCAAUGCGGAGAUUCCGUUUAUGAUCCUGGAGGGUGCGGUGAUGACUGUUUCCUGUGGUUGUUUGACGGUCUUCCACCCGAGGUUCUGUUUCCGACAGUGGAAGAAGGGGGAUGAAGAUGGGAAAUCAGUGGACAGCCGGAUGGGGAUUGGGAUGUUGAGUGUCACCGGAAAUAAGUAGAUUCCUCUCGCUGUUCUUGUUCACGAAUAC